AUGCCAACGUUUUACCGAACAUUCUCGCAUUUGUUUAGGAUAAUUUCAGAAGCAGGCCAGAAAAUUUGCUACUAUCGAAGUGGCUCGGUAUCAACUGAUUUUCCGAUUCCAUAUGUGUGUCAGAUGGGAUGCUGUGAUCGCGGUUGUUGCACAGUUGCUGAUCUAGCCGUAAGCAGCAGUUCGAUUAGUUGGACAAUAGCCUUGUUGACCACAGUAUUUGCUACUGCCCUACUUGCAUCAUUGGCAAUAUUCGCUGUAUAUUUAAUGAAUCGACGAAAAGACAGUAUCUUGAAGAAGCAGAUUUUAUACUGUGGUGAGAGUUCCACGGUAAGUCAGGUUUGUGACAUUUCUUCCUAUACAAAUCGCGGUCAACUUUUUUUUCUGCCUGUUACAAUUUUUCACCACAAGUUAUUAUGUGUGAUACAACCAAAAUGA